AUGGCGGACAAAUUUGAUACAGCAGCCCCCUUACUCAAUGAUUCAUUGCCAUAUGAGGAGCAGGAGAGUAUUCCAGCUCAUGCGAUUUUUCAACUUAUCAUGUUUACGGUCAUCUUUAUGGUUGGUUUCUUCGGUAAUUGCAUCGUAAUUUACGGUGUCCUCCAGCAGGGAUCUGCAAAGACCACCAGCAGUAUUUUCAUAGCGAAUCUUGCGCUUAGUGACCUAGCUGUUCUUGUGCUUAGUUUGCCAAUAGGACUGUUACAAGAGCUGGCUUCGUGGCCGUUCGGUGAGAUGGCGUGCAAAAUCUUUUAUCCUCUCGGAGACGUUUUUUUGACCGUCUCCAUUAUGACGUUGACGGCGAUCGCAUUGGACCGUUACCGUGCAAUUGUUACGCCGUUCAAGGAACGAUUCACAAAAACGCAGGCGAAAAUCUGCGUUAGUGUGAUAUGGGGUCUUUGUUACUUAAUAGUUGGGAUACCGACAUGUUUUAUUCUUAAAUUGGUACCGCAGACAAAUGGAGUGAUUGUGUGUUUUCCCUAUUGGAAAGAUGACAUGUUGCGGCAACUACACAAGAUCUUCAUAGCAUCUCUAGCGACACUGCCAUUGUUUCUAAUUAGUUACUGUUAUUUCCGAGUCUUUAUGUCUCUAUGGAAGGCACGAAUAAUACAUCGUGAUUCCGCGAAGAACUCCCUGACAACGAUUCGCCUGGAACAGAAGCGCAAACUUGUAAAAAUGUUGAUUAUUAUCGUUGUCGCCUUCAGUGUGUGUCUGUUGCCCUACGUAACAUUUGCUUUAGUUUUGGAAUUCAACGGAAUGGAACGGACCUCCACGGUAAAUGUUAUUUUGGUCGCGGUUCUAUCUUUGCUCUACGCAAAUAGUGCCAUCAACCCGUUAAUUUUGUGUACUAUGAGCAAAGAUUACAGAAAAGGUUUAAGGCCGUGUGGUUGUUAGAGCACUGGCAAACAGACGCACACCAUAGUAUUAUCAUGGAUGAACAUGGUAAAAAAAACCUCGCGGAAAUUUUAUUUCGCGCAUCGCCCGUUGCCCUAACUUCUUCAGUCCUCGCGUUACGGAGUGAAGUCCUGUAGUUUUAUGAGCACCGUGAAAUAGCCACACGCUUCACAAAUCAAACCACUCUUCAUGCCUUUAUGUCAGUCAGUCUUGAAUUAUUGACAGUAUUGACAGUGAAAAUCAAUGAGUACAAUGUCUCAUAUGUUUAUUAAAUAUUCCAAGAUGUAGAUUUGUCGCUCGAGGUUUUGCAGUUGAUGUACCUGUUAAAUGAUCACUGAAUGUUAUUGUUUCGAAUAAAGUCAAAAGGAUGGGCAACAUGUCUUUGCAAUAUGCUUCCAAACUGUUGAUAGAUGUCGCCUUCAAUCACGCCUAAAAUUUUGUUGAAAAAGUAAUUGUUUAACCAGCUUAAUGAAAGCCAGAAAGAGAAAUUUGAAAUGUCAACUGUAGCUCCCCGUCGAUUUUAACAGGUGCCUUCAAGAUUCUGGGUUACUAUUACUUUUUAACAACGGUUAAAGAAUAGGCAGGGGUAUAUUGCUAAGCGCUAAAUGACACUGAAUUCCACAGAUUAGGGUUAGGAAACUGAGUGAGUCAGGUUCCGUUAAGGUCAUCAUACAAGGCGAAAAUCAUUUGCGGCGUUGUACAGAACUCUGGGCUUUUAACACACAGGGCUUUUAACCUCUUGCUUAACUUGAGGGAGUUGACUUAACAUUACUGUCGGUCUUUUUUCUUUUUUUAUCAGAGGAAAAUUCCAGCACUACAGUGACAGGAGAGCGAAACACAUAUCUUCUUUAAACAAAUGAGUUGACAAGAUUAUAAUUCGCAAUUUAGAGUUCCUUUUUUAUUUCCAUUUUUGGCCAGUUCUCAGUUCACUUCAUCAACAAAACCAUGACAAAACCAAAUGGAAAACAAGGAGAUAGAAUUUGUUUUUCAUGUUUACCAUCGAAACACCUUGAAAUGUGUUGUAGUUUGUUGUAGUUACAGAUGCGGCGACCUGGGUUUGAUUUCUUGGAAAAGCUUGUUUAAGACAGAGAAGACUGAGAGCAAGGAAGAGAACCAACAACAAACUUAGCCAAUAAAAAACGUCUUCUGUGAUAAAGCAGAGAUCAGGCCCCACACACUAUACAUUACCAACCUUACUCCUUCCUCAGUAAAAAGUUAAAGUAGCAUCUUAAAGAUCCACGAAGCAAUGCCUCGCACUAAUGAAGUCAGUUUUAUUUACUGAUCUAGCGUUUCAACACGAAAUUGCAAUAAAUCUCUGGCUAUUAGAUCCCUCAACCGCUUUGCCUCUCUCUGAGGUCUUUCCUUUUAACGAGCUUUGUCCAAGCACCAGGGUAAGUCAACUUAAAUCGUACUAGAGCCGGGACUCUCCCCAAAGUACGCGAUAGAGACUGUUUCAUUACAUUCAGCAAUGAAAUGGCCCUGAUAUGGUAAUCAUUAAAUCAAUGAUUGUUCUCCUGUUCUCUGAAACAGGGCUGAUAACUUUUGUCUAUUUCAUUGUCAACAAGUGUCGGCCAGGUUCAAAAACUUGUUCAAAACUUUUCCUUUUCUUUUGGUUAAAUUUACCUCUGUAGAUUAGUAUGGAUAAAAUGAUCUUUCGUACAGUAUACGAGAAUUUUGCAAACAGAAAAGUAUCUAGAGACCCUCCAACCCCCCCCCCCCCCCCCCCCCCCCCCCCCCACCCCCCCCACCACUGCCCCUCCCUUCUCCUCCCCUCACCCAUACUAAAAAACCACCCCCCAUCACCCCCCUCCCCCAAUUUUAACAUAUUUUCUAUCCUACUUUUUUUUAUGAUGUUAACUAUUCGAUCUUUUUUUUUUAUGUUACAAAUGUUGGGGCAGGUUUAAAAAUUUUUUAAAAACUUUUCUUUUUUUUUUGGUUAAAUUUUCCCCUGUAAAUUAUUAUGGAAAAAAAUUUUUUUCGUAACAUAAAAGAGAAUUUUCAAAACAAAAAAGUUUAUAGGGCCCCCCCCCCCCCCCCCCCCCCCACCCCCCUGGCGACAAUUCCCACUGAGUGAGUUCAUCAUCUCUGGCAUCCAGCAGUUUAAUAAGCCCUACCCUUCAUUGGCCUUCAUGCAAAUUUCAAGUUCUUUCACAAACUGCGUUUGAUAGAUAGUGAACUGGCUACCUGUUACACUGCUACCAUGAAAAAUUACUGCCGAUAAAUUCGAAGGGAUAGAAAACAGAACUCUCUCAUAGACUCAAAGGUUAGGCGGUCAAAGGAUUAACAUCAUUACUUCGACUGACGAGAUAUUUUAAUCUAAUCGGAAAGCAGUGCGGGUCGUAUCUAUAUGCUUAAUACUGCUUUCCGCCGGCAAUUCACCAACGCUUAUCGCACAUUCGUUUAUCUUGGGAAGUGGAUAUUAAAACUCGCGCGGAAAUUCCAGUCCCGAGUUAUUUGUGCUACCUAUUGACUCUUCCUUGAUUGUUGUCAUUUAUAGAAAACCACUAGGGCGUCGACGUUUAACCCCAAUCGGAUGUGUGAAGAUGAGAGAGACCAAGAAUGCAUAAUUGCAAAUAAAACCUAUUAUCUAAGUCAUAGACCUAUUCGGCUAACUCAAUGUUGUACCGAAUUCAAACCCCUUUGGAAAUAAACGUUUUGAUUCAGGAAUUUCCAUAUCACUUAAAUGUGAAUGCGACACUAUAAAAAUACAAAUACACAAAGACUCUUAACCCGGGAGAUUUGAAUUGGGUUAUUGUUUUAUCACUGACCAUUAUUACAAAUCAGUCAAAGAAUUAAGGCCUAGUUUGAAUGUAUCUAACCAUCGCCUACGGCCGUCUUUCUGGUUCUAAAAUCUGUUAAAUUCAACGAGAAGGUUUGUAUAUCGUGAGAAUUUAGCCUAAAACUGGUAUCGUAUUUUAAGCGCUUUACGAGAUUAAAAAUUAACGAAUUGUUUCACUAUCUUUUCAUAGGAAAUCAACUUGUUUUUCGGUUUUUAAAGCCGUUUAACAACCUAGCCAGAGUGUCCAAAGCCAGUAAAGAAUGAUGCUCUGUAACAAAGACAUCCAAUCAAACGGUUCCUAUUGCGGGCAAAAGAAUGUUUUUGUUGUCGUUGUUGUUCAGUUGUUGUUGCUUUUAGCCAGCGAGCUAUGGGUGGGGGGAUUCCACAGGAAAGGGAUGUGCUUCACUUGUGAGGUGUUUAGCCGAUGGUCGUGUGUCAAGAAAUAUAUACAAGGAAAAUAACACGCUGUCAUACUGUGUUGAAAAACAUUAACUUCAUGCAUCUUUCGUAAACACUUUCAAUCACUAAAGCAGGUUGGGUGGUUUCGGGAAUUGGUUAUCUGUUUUUAUAGGAGUCAAAUUUGAAAGCCUAAGGCAUGCCCGGAUUGAUCUCUUUUGGGGGUUUAAUUCCAAUUUUCCGACACGUGACUAUCACUUUGCCCUCUUAGGCAGGAAUCAUCUCCCAUUUCCAACUAAUCUGGUCACUAUCUAUGAAAAUUGAAUGCUACUGAUCGUAAGGUAUUUUUACCUAAAAUUUCAUUAAAGCACAUUUCGUAAAUGUUAAAAUGAGUUCUUGAAUUAACGCAAGAUGAUAAACUGAAUAUUAUUGUUACAAGUACUGUAAUAUGAAAGCUUUUCGUAGACAUCGUUCGAUAAAGGCGGAAAUGAAUAUAAUAAUAGCAUAGAAUAACUUAAAUCAUAUGGAGAAUUGGAGUCUUUUAUUAAUAUUGUGAUUAGAGAACAAUUUAGGUCUUUCACUUGGGUGUCCACGAUCUCUGCUAUAAAUAUGGUAGAUUUAUUUCUAAAUCAGCACAGUGCGACGACAAAUUUCCAUUGUAAAGGAAAGGAGAGGCCGUAGAGAUGCUAUCAAAAACCGGAAUCAAGCUGAUUUCAGUUCAUGCCACGCUCAGUGACUGACAGCACGUUUUUAAACAAUACGGGCUUGUUUUUAAGGUCGUUUUACCUUUCACUUGUUGCUGAAUAAGGUCAGUCCCACUUUUGGAAAUGCCAGACAUGCGACAGAAAGGAUACUUUUGUGUCAUUUAUGAACUUAGACGUCUCCAAAAUACAUUUAACUCCGCCUUCACUGAUAGACUGAUUUACUGAGGUAGUUCUUCUCUUUACAGAACGAAAGAAACAGUAUCAGCAACAGUUAUAAACGUCUGAAAAUCGUUCAUAAUGUUUCUUAUUUAACAGCACCCUUUAUUCAUUGUAAUUCAGUAGGACCUCCAGAAGCAUGUCAAAUCUCGUCUCUAAAUAAAAUUUCCUCCCUGAGAUCUUGCUGUUAGAAGUCAAGUCAGUGCGGCAAACCUGCUGCAAAUAAAGACAAACAGCCACUGAGCUGCACCUUACUUGAUAAAAAGGAUAAUGACACCAACACGCUGGAGAAAAUAGGUUAACCACGCUGAAAUAGAUUAACUGCCAAUGGUCGUCCAAAACCCAUACUUCAACACUUUCCUUUUUUUAAGGGUUAAAGUUUAAAAUGAGAAAUGAUAUGAUGGAAAACUACACGUUCAGCGGUAGCUUUUAUUUGAACGGACACGAUCAUGAUAAUUCGGAGAUAAUCUUUUAUAUCGGCACCAACGAUAACCAGUUUGUACCACUUGUUCUAGUCAAAGAUGUGCGCCUGAGGUUAGAUCAAUUGUUAAAAACUACAAGAAAAUCGUGUGGUUAAUGUAAAAAGGCUCCGAGAGCGAAUUCGACUUGCUCCUCAGCCGAAGUAGCCUGAGUAUCAGGCCUUCCUUAGGGGACAGGGGAGAGGAGAAUAAAGAGGGCAGAGGGGACAGGGGAGAGGGGGAUCAACAAAGGACUGAAGGUCAUUUUUCUCCUUUCGCUGGUCAGGUAAGAAGGUAACAUAUAGGUAGGAAUUGAGAAUUUAUGACACACACCCAAAAACGGAAAACUCAAGGGAAACGAAACGAACAAGAAAACGUAAAGAAAUCAUUCACAGGGCUAUCGCUAACUUUUCAAGUUGCAGGGUAAAUGCGAUUAGUAGGAGGGGGAUUGUACAGCCAGGAAGUUCUUCUGGCUCUAUUUUCCUUUUGUUUUCUAUGAAAGUAGCCGGGGAAAAUCCCCGGUCCCCGGCUCUUUGUGACAGCCCUACAGAAAUGAAAAAGAAAACGUAAAGAAAUGAAAACAAAUGUAGCGUCAUAAUAGCGCGACACAAAAGAACAUAAGAUCUCCGAUUUAGCUGAAAUGUACACAAUUCAUUCUGUUUAAAUAAAAAACAAAAGAUAAACAACUUAUUUAAAGGUUAUUUGCAUUGCUGGUUCAGUUCUUUUACGACUAUUACAAAUUCACAAGUCUGUGGACAGUUCAUUUGAGACGAUUGUAUCUCGGGCACAAAGACAUUAUAAACUGUCUAGCUAUUUCAAAAAAGUUUCUACUUGUGGGGUUAAUUGAGGCGUCUAAACAAACUAUGAGUGUUAGAUGACACUUAAAAAAAGUUUAGCCUUCCUGUUUUGUAAGAGAACAUGAUGCCGUAAAAUCUUUCCGGGAGAGUAUCGUGGUGAUAUGACAGAGAAUGUUUGCUUUGGCGACGUUUUGGAGAGGGUGUCGAUUAGGCGGGCAGUUUUCCGACAAGUUAUCAUUCUCAUUAGCUUUGGAUUUAUCAGUAUCGUUUGUUGUUAAACUCGCCCAUGUUUUAUCUAUUGUUUAGUAUUUCCAGAAAGAAAAGCUGUUUCAUUUCACCUUAUCAAUAAUUGUUUUCCUUAAUGUUAUAGAGUCAAUUUAAGCAUUCAGAUUUAUUGACAAAACACAAUUUUAGACGUAAGUCUCGAAGACAGCAAGAACGGAAUUUUGAGCUAAUGGCGGUGGUUCGAGAAUCAGCACCCCUCAGUUCCCUGGCGUCACACAGUUGGCCAGUUUUUGACCCAAUGUUAUAUUGGGAUAUUGCAAGCGCUAACUCUACAUUUAUGUUUCAAUGACACUGUUAGCCAACAGUUUUUUUAGGGUUAGAAAACAUAGUUGGGAGUUGCUACGUUGUAUUCAAAACGCUCGAAAAUAUUGAGAGGCCAAUUAACAAAAUCUUUGCCACUGGACAAAGACAGAUAUUGAUAUCCAAUUCAGUCACCAAGAAGUGGAAUGCUGAACGUUCCCAAACUUUUAGCUAACGAUGUUUUUGCUUGUGCCCUUACAUGGCUUUGUAAAAAGGAAGAAACGAUAUCUCCUGCCGCAGUGUGACUUAUGUCUGUAAAGACUGUAAAUGAAUUGUGUGGCCAUUAGACUGGAGAUCUUCUUGGCACUUUUUUCUUUUUUUAAGGGAGCUUUUGUUGGUACGCCAACUUAUGAAGAUUAAGUAUUUAACCCAAGAGCGUCUGAAAAGAAAACAUCUCCAGUUUGCCCUUGAAAAAAUACUGUCAAUAGAAUAGUCAAUAGGGCGUCAGUCAAGGUCUGCGUCUCAUAGAAAUGUCCUGAGUCCUAACAAAGACGACAAAAUAAACGUAAGAAAUGCAUGUAUAUAGAACGUCACGUUCAAACUCAAUAAUAAUUUUUGGCAACUUUGCCGAAGUUUCUCUAGGCCAAGAAUUUAAAGUAAUCUGAAGAGGAGUUUCAUGUACUUAUCCCGGAUCAGCUGAACAUAUUUUGCAUAGAAUAACAUUCUCACCCUACUAUAAACGCACGGAAGCGGACCUUUACACGUUCAAUCGAAAGCGAAAAUAACAACUCUUAGACUUACUGGUUUGGUCCCGUUUCAGUGUCAGUUCUCUCAAACCGUGAAAACAAGAUUCAAAUUUUUGUUUUUGUAGCUCAUGUAUAUUGUUGUUAUAAUCAUCGGGAGGAGAAAAAUAAUUUCACAUAAUAAUCUUAGAGUUCUUUGCCUAUCGAUGAUAGCGUCUGUGGACAUGAGCCUUUGAAUGUGGGAAAUUAUUAGAACAAAACCAUUGUCACCACUGAGACUGAUCAUCAUUUCUCUCAAGCACCAGUAGUUGGAAUAGCUGGGUUGUUGGAGAUUCAGGGGCACCCAACGACAAUUUUUAGAAAAUAUCUGUUCCGAAAACUGUUUGAGAUCUAGAAUUUUCGGAACAUUUGUUGUAAAAUGUCUUGUCUGCCUGCCUCUCCUGGGAUUUUCGAACAUCUAAAAAAUGGUAUAAUUGCCCAUUUUUAACGGAUUUUUACCGUAAAAAGGUCACCUAGAAUUUUCGGGAGCCUUUUUUCUGGCUGAAAUUUUCGAAAAGGUAACUUUUGAUCCUUAUAAUUUUCGGAUCACUAGACUUUUAGGGGAUAAAAAUAUGCCUAUAUCUACCGUUUAAAUACUAUAAUACGUUCAACAAUACUAUGUUUAAGUGGUUUUGAACUAUUUUCUCGUUGGGUGCCCCUGGAGAUUUAUAGUUUUGACAGGACUGCUUGAUCAGGUUGGAUCGAUUUCAGUUGCUAUGAAAACAAACAACCUUAUGGCCAUUCUAGAUCACCCUCUUUGUACACAUAAUUUCUUUUGAAAGCAAAAUACCCCAGACAAACAAUUGACCACCAACGAAGGAGCAUGUCAGUUGAAGAAACCGAGACAUUUCUCGCUGUUUUACCUUUUAGUUUCAGAGCUCUAUUUUGAUGAAAAACAAUGAAUUGUCUCUGUAACGACGUUUCUUCGAUUGUAUUGGGCAUUUCAAUAAGACUGUUAGAAGUUGAUAUUUCCGGGUCUCGUGAUCAUCUUUUACUGAAUAUUUCAAGGGAAGGCCAGUGAGGGGAGGGGGAGGGGGAGAUAAACUACAACUUCAUGCAGGCUAAAUGGUUUAACCUUUCUUACAAUUCUGGUUAAGGGUGAUAUGCCCGUGCUAAAAACGUCUUUAGUUGCAAACGUUAGCAAAUGAGGAAGCAUUUUAGGCAUUCACCACCCCUGCAGUCAAAAAAGAGGAUAGGUUAGGAACCAAAAGGAUUGGGAGAAAAGCUGGAUCAGGGACAACACUCUUAUUCCUUUAUCCAAUUAGUUAACAAUUAUUCAAUUUGGCUAGCCCGGUGUUUCGAAACAAAAUUUUACUGAAAUCAUAGAUUGCCUGUCGUCGGGACAUAAUACCAUCUAAAUCCUUUAGCUAGCUUUUGAGCUACGAUCCUAAUGACCGACUCCGUAUUGGCUAUUUAGCAGUAAGAGCAUACUAUACGUUUUCUUUUAAAAUAGAAAGAAAUAUCACCUUACGUUUUAACACUUGAAGAAAUAAGGUAUUUUGACCUUUUGUUGCUCUUCUGGAUUAAAUCAACAGAUUCUCAGUUUCAAAAGAGGAAAGUUAAGUUCUUUUAUCCAAAAACCGUGGUAAUUUUAAAGAAUAAACCAAUAUAAAUUAACAACUACAUUUGCAGGGGUCAUUUCCAUUUCAGCGGUUCAGAAAAGAGUAAUUGUAGGAAAGUUUGUCUGUCAUGAAAACGUUUACUAUCCAUUCUUAUUUAGUAUAUACGACACGUAGAGACUAUUUCGAAAACUACUUUUAAAGGACCUUUAUUUAAAGAAAAUAGUAGUUUCCAGGAAUUCAAAUCCGACAUUUAGACACACUGAGGAACUUGUAAAUUCAAACUAUUUUGCAAAGAGCCAAGCAAUUGCAACACGAAAGUAGGCAUUAACCGUGUGAUACUUCGUCUUUUUAUUAAAAAAGAUCACAACAAAGGAAAGGUAGUAAGAAUUAACUACCGAUAUUAUGGCGCGGGCUAUUAUGGCUAAAUGUGAAAGGAAGUAGUUCUGUCUCGAAAUCUGCGUGGGUCUCAUUCUCUACCAAUAAGUUGAAACACAUCUAUUUAUGAAAAACAACGAUUGAGACGGCUACUUUCCAGCCUUGACCUAAACUUUGUCGCAACUCAGGAAGAUCAGAACAAAUAGGCAAGUGUAAAAUGCCUCAUUAUUAUGGCUAAGCUGUUGAUGAUUCAGUACACAUUUGCACUGUUUCAAAACUCAUACUGAUCCAUGUGUGGCACAUAGGAUGGAACCCACGAGAGAAAACGUCAAGUUUAUUCCACAGAGUUAUGACCACCGGCGCGAGAUCUCCAGCCUGACCUAGCGUAUAAAUAGUUGACCGAUUUUUAUUUUUCACCGUAAGCCCAAGGGUUACUACACCACAAUGAAUGCCAUUGUGGUAAUUCUUCUGACACUGGGGGCAGCUUGUAAGUUAUGCGUCCUUUCAUUUUUCAUUGAUUUCCUUUGCUAAUUUGGCGUUCAAAAGAAAAUCGACGACUGUCUUGUUUCAAUUUUGCUUUUAUCUUACGUCGAUACACUUCAUGUGCUGACUGAAAAUGAUAGCUGACGACACUCUUAAGAGCACUUUCGUCCUGUACAAAAAGCCUAUAGUAUUAUUUAACACUUUUCAAUUUUUGUACAUGUAGUAUAGUAGUACUGGAAGCUUAAAAAUUGAGUUUAUCUUUUUCCAAAACUUCAAGUUAUAUUCUUAUGAUGUAGUUUUAUUAUUAACGUCUUAUAGCACACGAGUUCGAAUAUACACUAAGCUAAAAGACAAACACUUUCCGCGUGUUUCUUUUUUAAAAUUUGUAUUUAGGCUUUAAUCAUUUCAUGUUAACAAUUCUUUUUUUCUUUUCUUUUCAGUUGCGAUGCCAUUAGGUAAGUAACAACUGAUACCAUUGUGUACUUUUACUAUCCCAGCGAAGAAAGAACCUCUCGUCCUGUGAGCUUUCCUCACGCGAAUGACUUAUGAGCUAAAAAAAUCUCACAAGAAGAUCACUUAAACUACUCUUUUCACUUUGGCUAGUUUCCUUUCAUUUUUCAUUUCUUACAUUUGAAACUUUGGCGUUCAGAUGGAAAUGAUGUCUGGCCUCGUGUUUUAUAAAAAAUGUCCCGGGUUUUAAAAACAAUUUAGACGGAUUUCUUACUGAUGCCGAUAUACCAUGUACGUUUAGUUAUAACUAAAAAAGAUAGCAUUUUUGUUUCCAGGCUUCCAGAAGGGCAAAAGGUACACGUACAGCUACCAAAGCGAGGUUUCACAUGCCAUUCCUACUGGUUCCCAGAAGACCCUGGGGUUGAGAGUGAAAAGUCAGGCGCAUGUUGACGUAUUAAAGAAGACGGAGAUACAGAUCACGGUUAGUGCUAGUUCAGUAGUCCAGCCAUCAUGGACAAGAGUGCGGCAUGGCUGGAAAGAGUAAAAACGUAUUAGCGCCUCAUUUUAUCGAUUAUAUUUUAAUGCUCAACUGAAAAUUCAAAUUGGCUCUCUAUCAGGUAGCCCUGACUCACCAACUCGAUCCAUUCACCAUUGUCUCUGUCAGUGAUCCAAUUUUACGGAACAACAUUGGAAGAGAGUGGUGGGGACCAGGGGUGGAAGAGAAAUUAAUUAAAAGUGAAAAGUCCUUACUUACUAAAUUCUUAUUUUCUAUCUUUGGGUUAGACAAAGCCUAAAUUAUAGGAAAAUAUCUAAACAGUGAAAGUAUACUUCCAGUUUUCUACACUUUCGUUGUUUUUGUCGUUCUUUGGUCUUCUUCAUCUCUUUUUCUUUUGACGUACUGAUGUUAUUAUUCGUAAUCAGUGUUAGUUAGAACGAAACAACGUUUUAGACUUAAUAAUUGUAUCCAGUUUGUUUCAAUCCAAACCCAAAGAUAAUAGUGUGAAAUAUUUCAGAUUUGCCAUUGCCUCCAAUCGAGCUCGGGCUAGCUUGGUUUAUACCCACGAAAUUACCGCCUUGUUUUCACAGAAAGAAAUAUUUAAAAUGAAAUUACAUUUUACCCAUAACGAUUUCUUUCGUUAUAUUUCAUUAGCUGGCAAACGUUCAAGUCCUUCAAGUCACUGGAAACCUCCGAGACUCCAAAGAACAAGAGAAACCAGCAGAUGAGAAGAUCUUACAGGCAAUGCAAAAGAAACUGUCCUUACCCGUGAAAGUCGGUUUCAAGCCACAAGAUGGUAGCAUUAAGGAAAUCAAAGCGCACCCUAAAGAUGAAGAAUGGUCGCGGAAUAUCAAACGAGGUCUCGCUAACCUGUUCCAGAUCUCAGCGAACAUAAAACUGGAGGAGAAAAAUGGAAAACAGUUCAUUACCCAGCACGAGGUUAGAAAACGUUGGCUGAUAAUUAGAUUUGACUGGAAAACUGUAUCCAAAUCUUUCUCGUCUUAGUUGCAAUUUGCACAUCUCCAAUAGUAAACCUUCUUUGGCCCACAAAAGUUCGCAUAAGCAUUGUCUUCAAUUUCUCUUGGGACGACUGUAAUACCCAGGAGAAAUGAAAAACAAAGGUUACUCAGAAUUUUUUUUUGUUUUUUUUUUGGGGGGGGGGAGGGCAAGGUAUAUUGUGGGGGAUGUGCAGAUGGCAAAUUCGUAGACUGUAUGGACUUGGACAGUCUCAUAGCACGAAGUGGUUUGCAUUAACAUUGUCAUAACAGAAACAGAGAUUUAUUUCGCCUUCUAGUCUACAGCAGUAGGUGAUUGCCAGGUAUCUUACGUCGUCAACCUAGAGAACAGCCAACAAGGAAAGAAAGACCAAGUCUGCAAGAUUACCAAGGUGAUCAACUAUGAGAAAUGCAGGCAACGCCCUCAGUUUAGCCAGAAUACCUUUUAUGGCCGCAACUGCGAUGGCUGUCAGCAGGUAAAGAUGGAAUCAAAUACUUUAAAGAUGUACUGAUAUUGUAAUAGAGCAAUUUUUCUUUUUUGCGUUACAACCAUCCUCUAUUUUAUACUAGGAUCUGAUUUUGACUAAAAGGUUUGUACAUGUGUAAAAAAGACAGUUAGUAGUCAAACAGCCUGUUCCAGGCUCCGAGAUAAUCCGAUGCCCGAAAUUGAGAAAGCGCGAAAAAGAAAGUAAAACGGGUUGAAACUGGGGAAAGGAAGGACCAUCGCCACCUUUUCCCGGAUCACGUGGUCAUAUUCUUGUGUGCCUUUCACUUACGCGUCAUCCCCGCUAUCUGAGAGACUGAAACAGACUAGAAGGGAAACGUUUCGUAAAAAUUAAUUUUGCACUCAUCAUGGUGCGAUUAACCUCGCGUUAUAAUGAACGACUUAUUUUUCAGAGCCUGGGCUAUGCACCAUACCUCCGCUCGGUCGGACAAAUUGACCACACUUUGACUGGCUCAAAAGUUGAUGGUUUCGUCAUCAGUAGAACUGAGGCUUUUGAACAACACGUGAUCACUCCAUUCUCUCGGUUAGGAGGACAGGUCACUGCAUCGUCCAGGUACAAAUAUGUUAUAGUUAUCCCAUAAUGCGCUAUACUCUAAAUGCAUACAAGACUUGUCUCUGCUGUAAUUGGCUACCAAACCUGUUUUUCAUGUACCAAAGAGAAUACAUUGGACUUACUUAGAGACUUAGCACAAUGAAUUCAGGUGUAUCUUUGGCUACUCAUAGAAAGCUCUAUCGUUAAUCUGGACUCAAUACAGUAUUCAAGGUUUGAAAUACUGCCAGAAAUUUCAGUAUUGUUCUUAAGAGCGAGCCUUAUCAUAGCCCUUUUGAAUAACAAAAUUUUAUAUAAGGUUGUUAACUGCAUAUGAUGAUGAUUUUAGAUUUUGAAUAAUAUUGUAAGCAUGGAAUUAAAAAAGAUUGUAAGAAUUCUUAUAAAAAAGUUGUCAACUGUCAUUACAGCCUGAGCAAAUAUUCUUCUAAGAUAAGUUUUAGCUGAAAAAGGUCACAAUGAGUGGUGAGUGUUUGAUUUAAGUUUGAAUAAUGACCAGGCUAUUGUUUACUCUUUAGUUACGAUAUUUCCAAUCCAUAAAUCCUACACAAAGAACAAAAAUGAAAUAAGUAAGGAGGUGAAUGUACAAAGAUUGACAGAAAACUACAAAAGAGACAGUUCUGUUAUUGUUUUAAAGUUCACUGACUUUUUGAGUCUCUCUGUUCCUUUCAACAAAACCAGACAAAUGCUACAGUUCCAGAAAACAGAUGCUGUGGGACAAGAUUGUAAGUAUCACAAGUUGUUAAAAAUAUCUCUUACUUCUCAAAGUUCCACGAGACCCAUACAGAAGGUAAAAGGGGGUAAUGAGAGAGAAAAGUGGGCCACAAUUUUUAGAUACAGUUAACUCAACUGAUUGGGUGUUUUCUAAAGAUGCCAUAACCAAUUAAAUUUUGGCUUAUAUUAUAAGGAAAUGUACGUAUGUUUACAUUUGUUUAUGUACGUUUUGUAAUAGGUUUCUUUUCCUUAUUUGCGCCGUGAGAGCCCUUGGGCUCAGUAACUAUAGUGCAGCAUUUCCCGAAAAAAGGCCACAGUGCCGCAAUGCUGCCGCAGUCUGGUAAGAACACUAUUAACUUCAGCAGAAACAGGUGAAGUGACAUCCCAGGGGGGUGGGAGGAGUACUUCCUAUAACUGCCUAUAGAGAGAGGUGCCUCAGGCUUUACUUAUGAAAGGGUAGGGAUUUCACUACAUGAAGUAUAGAGAAAGGGCAGGGAAAUCUGUCAUUUCGGUAUGUAAAAAGACUCAAAGAGCUAAGAGAUGCAUUUUAUGGCCGUGAAGAAAUGCUGAGAAAACGUUCUUCUUUUGUGAGUAUUAUUUUUUAAAGACAGUAAAUUUACAGGAGUUAGAAAGGAUUCAAAGUUCUAAGCUGGGUGUGUGAAAGUGGUACCAUUGUCCAUAGAUGGUAUAUGAAAUGUUUCCGUCAAAAAAUGAACAUGUGAGAGUAUUAAAUGAACUUUAGAAUAACCAAAUGAUCAGAAAUUAUUUCUCUUAAUUAGCCCCUGAAGUGACCAAGUUGAUCAGCCAGACAUGUACCGCUGAAGAUCCCGACAAAAGCGCCCGCGAUGACGCUCAACACCAGCAGUCAUUAGCACAACAGGUGAGAUAGCCAGGAACUGUCAACUGUCAAAAGUUAGAAUUAUGGUAAAGUAUCAGUCAAUUUAUAGUAGCUCUUCUGUGAGUGGUUAUGGAAAAGUACUUUUGCAUUUAUUGGCCUUGCUCAAAAUCCCCCGAAAAUCGUCCUAUAAGAGGUUUAUUCAUCACAAAUUGGGAUCCCAGUUAUUCAAAACUUAAUUAGUUACUACAUGAUAAAUCAGCCAUAAUUAUGUCCUCAAUGGAUAAAAAAAAACUUUGAUCAUACAAUGCUUUUUGAUUUUCAUAGGCACAAAUAUUGAUUGAAGAAAUGUGCAAAGCAGCUAAAGAUCCAGUCAGACAGCAGGCAGCGCAGAAGUUUACCGCUGUUGUCCUACAGUUAAGGAAAUGUAACAAGGACUCACUAAAAAUGCUGGUUGAUAACAUGCUUAAAAAACAGGAUCCAAUUGAGAGGUACAGAUGAAAGGACCUCUAUAUGAUUCAGCAAGAGAGACUGUGAUCACAGAGCCUAUAGUUAUUCCAAAGCCAGCUUUUGCAAAUCUAACUCUACCUACUACUUCUUGCCAAUAGUCAAAGAAGACAACACACUAUUUCUGCAAGUCAACAGUUUUCAGUUUCUGUUAUACAAUAACUGAGCAACGUCUAACGCGCUUAUUGGUCGAAAGCUAUGUUCUAUGAGUGUUUUUACAAUAACUGAGUGAUUUCCUGCGCACCGAUCAAAGAGCUAUGAUCCUUUUAAUUCUUCCUCGAAUAAAAAAUAAUAGUUGAUCUCGUCUAGAAAUAAGAUGUGACAAUAAACAUUUAUUAUAGCCUUAUCGGAGAUUCGUGUUUUAUUUUCCAGAAAAUAUUGCUUGGAUGCCCUGUCUUAUGUGGGCACCUCUGAGGCUUUCCAAGUCUUGAAGCAAAAGAUCAUUGAGGACAAGAAAAUUAGCAAACAAGAAGAACUUCAACGAAUGCUUCUAGGAUUAGCCUCUGCUCCUAGACCCACCGUUGACCAUAUUGAGGCUGUUUGGGUAGGUUAGAAUUCAUAGCUUGAGUUAACAACACUGUUCGGACUCUAAGAUUAAGUAGUCAUCAAACUCUGUUGAGCAUGGAAAAACCAACAAACAAAACAAACGGACAAACAGUUGCAACAUGUUGUUGCUAUGUUUCUCAUAAUCAAUUAGUAGUGCUUUAGAUCAAGGACCUAAUUUCCAUUGGUGAAUUGUAAGAACACUGAAUAGACCAAUUUCCUAAGAAAUGUCACAGACUACAUAACUAAAAACGUAGUACUUAAUGCAUAAACAACACAGGUUUGCUUCAUAGACUAGUUCCUGUGAAAGAUUUCUCUGCUCAAUCAAUUAACUCUGAUAAUCUAAUGUUUCACUUAUGGCAUUCAUGAUCCAAAGUUUAGAAGAAAAAAAAACACCCCCCCUCCCCCCACAACGUUUCGGUAUUGACCCUGUUAUAUAUUUUACACUUUUAGGCGCUUUGCGAACAAUUUGCCGCAUCUAAGGAUACCACGAAUCACCGCCACUGUUUCCUCUCUUUUGGGGCCCUUGUACACAAGAUUAACCAGCGAUCAAAUCUACAGCAGGAUACGAAAACUGUAACUACCUGUCAGCAGCGUAUCAAGGUUUGGACACCAUUCAUUGCAUUCAUUAAAGGGGGUUUUUAAUCCUAGGUUAAUCCAAGCUAUAAUUAUUAAGGCCAUAAAAUCAAUCGUUUUAUUUCAAUUGUUUCGUUGCUAACAGCUCGUCGCAUUUCACGGUUUAAGCGAUUCAAAAAUGGUGAUAUUCACAAAGCAAAUUAUGAUCAAGCGGAAAAUUUACAGUUCCAUUAAACUGUGUCCAUGUUUUGUAAGAAUAAGAACUGCUACCCAGCGCUAUAACCGUUACAUGUUUAUACUACAGUGUAUAUCAUGCGGCAUUGUUAAUUAAUUAACUAACAUUUCUCAUUGAAACUGUUGUUGCCUCCAGGAUAUACUGGACCGACUUAAAGACCCUAAAACAUCACAACAAAACAGACUCACCUAUAUCAAGGCUCUUGGGAAUGCAGGAAGAACAGAGGCUCAGCAACAGCUUCUUGACAACAUUAAGGACCAGACACAGUCCCUCCACAUCAGAAUUAACUGUGUAUGGGCUCUUAGACGCAUUGUCUCCCAGUCUAGAGAAGAAGUAAGUGAUUUCAAUUAGCUUGUUCAGUUAUUAUGGUGGGUCCAUGUUUAACACACUCAGUAUAUCUUAUUAUCUUAAACAUGUUCGUUUUCGGUCAUUCCACAGCUCGGAAGGGGCAGGACCCUUAACAAUGUUUGAGAUUCAAGUCGUUACUUCUUCCACCGCUGUUUGGGAAAUUUGACACAACAUCACUCAAUAAGGCAUUUGCUUGAAAACCUAAUAUGGAAUACUAAAACAACAUGUAGAUAAGUUAUUAUGGUUAUUCCAAUGGCCAACACCAGUCUCCAUCAGGGUAACACGAGCAGAUGAGUGGCAAUUCUUCUGAAGAAUCUACUUAAAAACAGUGACCAGACAGAGCAAUGAAGAAAAUAAAACACAGAAUAACAAAAAUCAGAUAACAACAACAAAGUUAACAACAUCAAAAACCUUUAUCUUCUACGCAUUAAGAAUUAACCUUUUUAGCUAAUGGUUCGGCAUAAUAAAAAUAACAUUAAUGACAGUCCGUACAAACUACAACAAAAUUGUGGGAAAAGAUAUGUCCUACUAAUGUGUUCAGGAUUGGGCAAAAAACAAUUUUUACAUCAUCUUCAAACAUAUAUAUUUGCAGACUUAUCCAAGGCUUAUUUCUACUUUUGCUGAUGCGAAAGAAAAUCCAGAACUUCGAAUGGCUGUUUUCCUGCUGAUGCUGAACUCCAAACCGAACUUUGCUACAAUGCAACUCUUAGCCAAUACCCUAAGGCGUGAGAUGAUCAAUCAAAAACAAGGCCCUCGCAGCAACCAACUUGCAUCUUUUGUUAUCUCUCAUCUGUUCUCACUCGCCUAUCACAGCAAUGUGCUCAUGAAAACCAGGUAAUUAAUGGGCCCAACUUUGACAAACAAUCUAAUAACCAGUGUAAUGGUUUUUAUUGCAAGUCAAGCCACUAAGACUCGGGGAUAAGUAAGUGGAUAAGUGAGUGGGGAAGUUUGUGCAAUUCAGUGUAGUAGUAUAAACAGAUAAUAGCAUGAUUUGUACGUGAUAUUUGGUAUAAAUACCACUUGUGAUAUUUCAAAAUUGUUUCAAAAUUACGUAUGAUAAUUUCGAAAUAUCACUCGUGGUAUUUAUGCCAAAUAUCACUACAAAUCAUGCUGUUACCUAUACUAAUUCAGUGUAUAACGAGUUUAAUAAGAGAGAAAGGGUUUCACAGAGCCACGAUCAAUUUUUAUCAAAAGCGAAAACUCAGCAGUAUCUUAUCGCUUUUUAGCCUUUUUUCAAACAUAAGCCUAGUGAAAAUUAGUAUAUUUAUCAGUGAAGUAAAAUGUAGCUCCUACAGUACAAGAAAGUGCAACGUUAUGUUCAUUCUCUGAAUGAACUGAACACAACAGACAGAAUUUUUGAAAUUUUAAAUAGCUGUGACGGUCGCUGGUUAUCGAGUCUGUUAUUUAGUCUGAGUAAUCAGUUUCUCUUUUUGCAAAACACGUGUUUACAAACGAUACUGAGAUUUUUGUUGGUUCCAAUUCCAACUUGCCAAGGUAAAUUCACAAUUUUUAGAUCGCCUGCCUAUCACUUUGCCUUAGUUCUGCAAACAGAGAGAAUGUCCAGCUGGGUUUUGUUGUCGUUUGAACUGUUAAUUUUCUAAAUAUCCCCCGUACCAUCCAAACAUGUUUCAUGCGACGCAACAAAACCUGAGAACCAGAAUUCGAAGGUCGCGCCUUCGCACGCAGUCUAUGACAUACGUAUUCCUGUAUCCGGUGCUUGAACCAAACACUAAAAUCGACUAGUGCUCGUACCCAGGAUUUUCACGAGUUCAGUUAAGGUUGCGUUCUCCUGACGUCUAACCCAAUUAGCCAUACUCUACAACAACUGUAAGGAGUCUACCCAAGCUUACAAUGACAGCAAACAGUCCCAGAACGGUUUAAAACAAAACUGAAGACGUUUCUCUCGGUAUGGAUUACCGACAAUUCUGGUAUACUAAGUUUCAGCGUGACAGGAGAGAAAUAUUAACUUCGGAAUUACCGUUAUGUGCCUUAUUGAGAAAGGAACCGACGAUUGUUGCAGGUCGAUGCAGGCCCGUCUGGCAAUGAGAGUUUUGCCAAGAAUGAGUUUUGGACUGGAAUACUCCAAAGGAAUGAGAUGGGCGCAGUACUCAGGUUGGUAUAUAGAACACACGGCCGGAAGAGAAUGACGAUUUCAAUAAACGUUUCUGUCUUUGUCACAUACUUCCUUUCGUUACGGUUACAUGUAGUUAGUUACAACCAUACUCUAAGCAGCAUCACUACACACAUUGGGCAGAUUUUUCGGCGGAGAAGGCGGGGCAAGUUACUAAUCCCCCCGCACCGUUGAUUUGCUUUGAUCAGUGUUACCUUCCUCAUACAAGUUAUCCGCACUUCAGUCAAUAUCAUGAAUUCUGUGUUGCGAUUGGUCAUUGAAUUGUUUGCAUUUUAACAACUUGACAUCUCUGAUAAGACUGACUUUGGUUUUUCAACAGAAAAGUUCCAGGGGGGAUUUGAGUUCGAGGCGAACAAAUUCAAUGUCCCUGAUAGCAUGCUUCCCAGAAACAUGAAUGCACGAUUGCAGCUGAGCUUACUGGGCUACAAGAUGGAUGCAAUUGAGGUAAUUAAUAAAAAUAAAUAAACUACGCCGUGCUGUAUUAGCCGGAGAAAACAGCCGACGUCUCGCGAAGCUAACACUGGUUUCCCCGCGAAAUGGCGUCUGAUUAACAAGCGUAGAAAUUCCAUACUGAUGACGCGUCACUACCCACAUCUGGGUAGUGCUUCUGAUUGGUUUAAAUUUGUUUCAUCCAAUCAGAAGAACUACCGACAUCUUGGUAGUGACAGGUCAUCAGUAUGGAAUCUCUGCGCACAUUCCUCAGACGUCACUUAACGAGGAAACCAGUGGCGGCGUCGCGAGACGUCGGCUGUUCACUCAGGCUACGUUGACUUUGUUGUGGAAGAUUAAGAGUUUGAAACAUUAGCGUUCAGUUCUGUGCAAAGAAAAAAAAACUACUGAAAAAUAGGCGCACUACCGCGCUGAUAAAGGAUUUAGAUUAAUGCUGACUGUGAGUGAUUACAAAGGAUUCCAGCUUCAACGUUCCGUCCGCCACUCUGUGGCUCAAUUGUUUUUUAAAAACUUUAGUAUUAGAUAAUGUUUUUAGAUCUCUCAGAAAUAAAAUAAUAAUUUCUGCCUGAAUUUUUUUCCUUCAAAUUUUAUCAUUCCAUAUGUAUUCUACCGUUUUUAUUGCUUUCAGUUUGGCUCUCGUGUUGAAAACUUAGACGAUGUAAUUGAACAAGUUAUAUCCAAGGUCCGCAGGCGACAGAAACGAUCUUUACUGGAUUCUUUGUCUUCCUGGUUCAGCGGCAAAGUUUCUGAUGACGACAGCAACACUACUGAGAAACCAACAGGACGUUCAACUCGCGUCGUUUCGAAGUCUAUGUCUAGGCGCCGCCGUGCAACUGCAACCCCAUCAGUUUCUACGAAAAAGAACACUUACCACCAAACAACGUCUCGUCCAACAACUCGUCCUACGACUCGUCCUACAACUCGUCCAAUGACGACCCGCCCAAGCUAUUCAGUUAAGCAAGCGGUAAGUCUUUCAUUUUUUAUGACUAGAAAAGUUCAAAAACUCGCGCACAGUCUCAUUAAGACACCUUACUCAACAUAUAUUACUUUCAACGGCUUCCUCAUCGAUUGUAGUAGAAGCCUCGUAUUUCUGAUUUGAUCGAAAAUUCACUAACAAUAGACUUUUUUGAAAAUGAAAGAACGCAUCGAAAGAGAGGUUAAUGACACAAAAAUAGGGGCCAUACGAAGGAAAAGCAAGGAAAAGGUCCACGAAAAACAGGGGCCAUACCAAAGGGAAGGUCAAGAAAAAUAGGGGCCAUACCAAGGGGAGGGUCCACGAAUCCCUCAUCCAACCCUCGUUGUAUAGAGCCUUACUGAUAGGCAAAAAUGACUGUCCUCCUUUCCAAAGAACAUAGACACUGACGCUGUUGUGGAAAUUUUUAUUUAAAAGGUACCUCGAUACCAGUUGCUCAUUGACCUUCUGUCGACAACGUAGGAAAUACUGAUACGACCUUGACAAAGCUUUGUAUUUAAUUCUUUGUAGAAGAAACAACAACGUGCAUCUGUUUACAUGAAACUGUUUGGUGACGAAGUGAAGUUUGCAGAACUGACGCAAGAGCAUGUCGAUCAGCUCGCAAACGAUAUUGCAGAUCUGCUUCUUGGAAAGAAAGAUCGUAUUGAAUACCCGAGUCUAGGUAAACUGCUGAUCUAACUACUCUCAUGAGUUCUCACCUAUAUACCGUAAGCCCCCGCUCAUUUUUCUUUUAUACUUGACUACAUCCACAGUUGGCAUUUUUCUUGGCUAUGGCCUGCACCUUAGACGGCUUGACUUUUAAACUUGAUUUUAUUUACAACUUUGCUACCGUUUAUUGAUUCAAAAGAACAUCGUGAAAACAACUAAAAAGGAGGUUUUUUCCUUUGUUUUCUUAUCCUUCAGGUAUUGUUAUUUCUAAAGAUGGUGUUGCCAUUAACCAAAACCAACAAAAGGCAAUGCUGCUUGCUAACGCUCGACACAUGCUCCCAACACUGGCUGGAAUUCCGCUGGACUUACAGCUCAGGUCUUCAGCUGCACUCAGAAUGAACACAGUCGCAAAUGUAAACAUCGGAGCAUCACUACUAAGUUUCUGGUAUUUCAAGAAAUUUAACGGCAACGUCGAGAUUAAUCCAAGGUAAAAACAUUUAUACUAUAAGCCAAAGCCAUUAGCUCAGUUCUCGAACCAUUCAAAGCCAUUAGUUCUCAGUUCGUAGAUUCAGUUUUUGAAGUACCCCAAAACAAAACUUAAUAAAUGGCCUUACCAGUAAUAAGUUCCUUCUUUAGGUCGCCUAUCGGUGGUUAGAGCGUCCGACAGUCGUUUGGGAGUCUUUGGUUACGAAUCAGGGGCCCGUUUCUCGAAAGGUCCGGUUACUUUUCAGGUCCGAAGGUAAAUUUUGAAAUCAAAACCAGUUGAAUAGUAGCGUAGUUCCUAGCUCACAAACCGGACGAUUUUGGUUUGUUAACUGAUAGUUCUCUUUUGCCAUUCUAAAAAUUAUUGAACUUUUGAUCUUGAAUGCAAACCCGGCAAACACAAAACAGCUGUUUGGCCCCCUAAAAGUUAUCGGGACUUUGGAGAAACAGGCCCCAGAUCAGAAACUUCAUUCUCUUCAUUUUCCCCACCGAUCCCUCCUCUAACCUAACAUUGUAUCCUGAGUGAGCAGUUAGACUUAACGCUGGAUUAAUGCUGGGAAGGGUUGGCUCUCUCCUCCGCACCUGAGGAAAAAAUGAAAGCGCGCGGGAGACGAUGGGAUACCCAGCGAGAGUCUAUGCGGCGAGGAGAGGAGGGGCUGGGCAGUUUCCCCUGAAUCUGACACUACUCCAAAUAAUUAUGACUGUAGAUUUAUUUAUUUAUUUAUUUAGUUAUUCUUCUUUUAUCGCUUGAGGGUGAAAAAAACGUCUCCUGUGACAAUUUGACAGAUACAGCUCUUUUUCUAGAGGAACCGCCAUGUAAAUUUUCAUGUAACAAGUUUUCUAUACUUUGGGGUCAAGCAGCACCUCACUGAACGGUUCACACAAUUGGCUGUGACAACAAUAGAAACAGUGACUUAACAAUGCUCCUAUCCCUGAAAACAAAAGGCAAUAUUUUUUUACUUGACCACUGAAAUUAGAUGUUCAUUUGAGGUAAUGGACUACUGAUAUUUUGUUUCAGUGUUCAUGUUCACGCCGAUUCUCGCAUUGGAAUCCAUACUCCAUAUCUGCGCGUUGGACUACGGAUGAGAAAGACUGCACAGUCUGAUCAGAAAGUUCACUUUACAGUGGAGUCUGGAAAACAGUACAAACUAACCUACAACAUUCCACAAGACCGUCGAGAUGUCGCGCAUGUCAAGUAAGUCAAUCAAGACAAAAGUGUACACAACAGGUUUCAUCUCGAAGCGUGUUCUUUUGGUGUUUUUCUACAUUGUAGGUUUCUGUCGAACGCGCUUCUUCAUUAAACAUUAGUUUUUCAAAGUAAAAGUCGUCAUGAUUAGUUGUUAGGCUCUCUUGUCAAAAAGUAUAGCAAUAAAAUCUCCAACAAGGGGGAAUUAACCUUUUGAGCCUGAAUCGUGACGUGAUAAAAGAGGGUUGGGUCUUAAAUACUGUAGGUUGAUAAUCACAUAUUGAUGAAGUAAGGAUUUCAGGGAGGCAGUCCGCACAGCUCCACCUGAAUUUUCCAGGGGUAUUUCCUCCUCGGGAUGAAAAGUUGAAAUAUCAAUUUAAUAACACCCACUGCAAGUGAAACUAAGCGCAUUUUGAGCUCUGUCUGAACCAGGACUCUCGGUCUAAGAAAGAUAAAAGUCAAAUGUAAGAUUUUCUCUGUAAAUUAAUUUUAAGGGCAAGUACGCGGGGAUUUGCUGAACAGUAUAACCCAGAGACUUGUGAGCGCACGGAACAACAGAUUUCCAUGGACCUAACCACUAGUCAUCUUAAACGAGUAAGUCAAAUCUUGAAAAAAAUUGGAGAACAAACUAAUAUGACGGUUUAUUUCUUUCAGUUUUAUGUCGAAUUAUUUGUAGACAAUCGUUAAAUUCAGAAGAAGUACGUAGAAUGUGCAAGGAAAAAAUGAUUGAAGACAUCAAUGACUACUACAAAGGAUGAUUUCCACCUCUACUGUGCACCAAAACCAAACACAGAGAGUUGUCCCUCUUAGAUUUAAAGAUAUCGAAUUUUUAGUAGCGACAAACCCACGAAAUAAUUCAGCAAUUAACUAACUACGAAAGAAACUACCUGGUCCCCUUUUGUGGAUUGGCAGCCUACCUAUAUGUUUUCGUCCAGGAAUAAAUGGGAAAUUUUCAAACACUUCAGUUAUUUCCUUUGUUUUCUAAGGUGCAAAAGUCUUGUGCUGGUCAGGAUAUGUUCGGUGUUCAGUUGUGCGCAGCAGCACAAGUCCCCGACAUUCCAUCACUAAGACUUCAACAAAUCCCAGUCCUUUCAGCUUUUGGUCAAACAGAUGUUCGACUAUCUAUGGAACCUUCUUCCGACAAACCAGCCUCAAUUCAGUUGACAGGCGUAGUCAAGAAUGAUGAAAAAGGUCAGAGAGAUGAGGUUUCUGGGUAUUUACUUCGUAUGCCGGACAUAAAUGACGUAAAACAAAGAACAAAGACCAUGAAACAAUACCAAACAGAAUUUUCUCUGAACAGAAAAGAAAGAGGUCUUUUGUUUUGCGUCAUCUGUAUCCGGUGCACGAAGUUUUGACCGGUUUCUGGGUAACUGACCAUCUACCCCUCCCCUAAGUCACAAUUUUGCCUAAGUGAGUACUAAGUGUUAAAUGAGACCUGGGAGAGGGGUAGGUGAUCAGCUAUCCAGAAAACUCAAUCGCUCGGUCAUGUUUAUGACAAGUGCACAGCGAAACUAUCAGCUGACAUGUACUUGAGGCAUUACACAAAAUUUUAUUGUUAGUAUUUUACUGAGAACUUUGAAUAUUUUUUUACUAAAAUCUUUGAGCACCCUUCGAAGGUCAAUGGUUAUUCCUUUGGUUCUACAGCAAUGCAAGCCGAUGGUGAAAUCAUUGCCUCGUCAAAAACCGUUCAACGACGAAUCCCGUACAAAGUGACUUACAGAAAAGGUAACCAAAAGCAACUGGAGUUCGAGUCUAAACUGCUGCAAGUCCAGGGAUGUGAAGAUUGCAGUAUGAAAGUUACAGCAAACCUAGACGGAUUGACAGUACAGUUUGGAAAAGGUAAAGCACAGUAUCAGAUCACAGCCUCGGGACAAAUUCAGAACCAGGGCAAAAAUUUACACUUGCAAGCCCAAUGGACGGAGGUGAGUACACUUUCACUCAACAAAGUGUUAUACGCGGAGGCCCCGCCUCGAGGUCCAACCCCGUACGACCGAAAAGGUACCCCUUUCACAUACCUUCUAUUAAAAACUGGUACCCCCUUUACAUACUUUCUACUAAAUGCUAUUACUAGUUGUUUCAGCAGCGAAAGGUUUUAUCCAUUACUUUUGACUCAUUUCACAGCUUCCAGAGAAAUGGAAGAAAUUCUUCUAUAACUGGCAGCCUCAGAUCUGGUACGUCCUCCAACAGUUUGCUUGGAUCAGACGCACAGAACAGAAAACCAAACAGAUUGCGUUUGAAUUUCAACUGACGACACCACUUACUGCUGAUUUAAAACUCAAAACACCGGAUGCGGAAGCAGUGAGAACCAAUCUUUUCCUCCCAGUUCGAAUUGAACGGCUGCCUCAAUCCCUAAAGGAUAUGGGGAACUACUAUUACGGUAAGAAGAUAAAUCAGUGGUGUAGCAAGUCUAUAAACAUGACAAUUUCUCACAAGAAAUAAGUUCUUUUGAGCCACGGUAGUUCGAGAACACGUAUGAGGGGAGAGGAAUGAGGGCGAAGGGCCGAGCGAAGAGAGAGAAAAAAAAGGAAUCGCCUUUCUUUCCUCUCUUCGUCCCAGUCUCUCCCCCUUUAUACUGUUAAUUUGCAUGAUUUUACUUUUUCAGUCGCCGAGGGUUGUCCCUUUCGUAAACUCUGUUGAAAAAAGGGCGACCUCUCGCGGUCUAUAUCAUGUCUCAUUCUUAUUUCCCUGGAAGUUCUAAUUAGAUUUUUAUCCCUCUGGUUUGCGGCAUAUAUUUUUAGCUCGUUGUGAAGUUCAAGAUCAGACUAUCAAGGUGUUUGAUCAUCAGCAGUACCAGCACAACAUCAGAGGAGAGUGCCUUUACACACUGGUACAGGAGCAUAGGAAAGGCAAACAGAGUAGGAUUCAGGUAUGGUUGCUUCAUGCAUUCCAAGGUGGAACUUUCUGCAGUUCCUAAGAUAAUAGUCAGCUUAGCUAAAGAUCAUCUACAUCAAUACAAGUUGGGAACCCUAAAUUCCAAGUUUGAAAAACUACAUUACGUUUAGGGGAAUCAAUGAAAUGAACAGUAUCACUGAAAUACUGUCACUUAAAUGGUUACAACGUUAAUCCUUUGAAACGAACGAAUUUCAUCCAUUUGAAAAAAAAAGAAAGACACGUCUCACUUGUACCCAGAAAGGGAAGGCGGAUAAUGGAAGAUUGCAGGUAAUUACAGAAUAAUUCUGAAUAGUGUAACUGAAAAGGAAUCCAUCAAAGUAUGUGAUAACACAGUCCAAAACCGUCCAAACCCUGAUUUGAAAAAGGUUAUGGCGGGCAAACAACACUCUUUAGAAACCAAUUAAAGUUAACUAAAUUAUUCCAGCUAAUCUUUCUUUCCUGUUGGUUUUCAUAAGCUUUUUGCGAAGAUUGGCGAGCAGGGACAAAAGACAGUUGUUCUUUCCAUCCAACAACAACAACAGCAAUCAAAGGAGACGGUUGAAGUCAAGCAAGAUUCUACAAUCCUGAUUGACGGCAAGAAACAGGAAUGCAGUCAGAAGGCCUGCCAAUCGAAGCAGGGUGGAGCGACUGUGCAGAAGGUUCAUACAAGUGAUGGCAAGACCCAGAUUCGCCUUUCAACCAAGGUAAGAAAUAUUUUCCCGCUGAACAGCUUUCGGGGACCGCCUUGUACAACAAUAAAUAAAAUAAAAAAAAUAACGAUUUGCAGGUAGCACAUCCACAUAGUGGUUCUUCGUCUACCUGAUUCCUGGUCGAAUUGGAAUAUGGAGAUGUUGGUUUUUGAGGAGAGGGGAAAACCGGAGUACCCGGAGAAAAACCUCUCGGAGCAAGGGAGAGAACCAACAACAAACUCAACCCACAUAUGGCGUCGACGCCGGGAUUUGAACCCGGGCCACAUUGGUGGGAGGCGAGCGCUCUCACCACUGCGCUACCCUUGCUCCCCAACUGAAUAACGAUUACCUAACGAAGUAUUACGCAAGGAGGUUAUUCUAAAUGGCCUGCCCUAAUAUCUGAGCACACUUAGGCAUUUCAUCGACCAACUUAAACCUUUUCUAAUCAGCGUUAGCUAACGCAUUUAAGCACUUAUUUAAGCACAAAUGUAUUUAUUUUCCUUUAUAGCUGGGUCUGUAUGCCACUAUCGAAGGUCCCCGUAUCCAAGUUUCUGCCUCCCCUCUCCUACGCAGCCGCGUUCGCGGUCUGUGUGGUGAUGCUGAUGGCGAACAAUGGGAUGACUACAGAGAUCCACAAGACCAACUGCAGAACCUGCAGAAAUUCAUUCAGUCAUGGCGACAACAGUGUUAAAGGUAUGAAGCUUCCUUAGUUAAUUCCAUGAUCAAUUUCAAAUUACCGAAUUACCACCAAAAGAACCUAUAACGCAGCUUAGCAUCAUUUUCUUCGUCAGCCACACUCCAAAAUUUAGUUCAAGAAUCAUUAAUAAUUCAUAAAGAAAAAACAAAAAAAAUUAAAAUGUUUAAUGAGUGUUUUUAUAUCUGAUGCCAAAGAAUAUAAAGACUACAAAGAAUACAAAGACUAAACGUUACGUCCAAUUUUUUGACCAAAGCAACCACAAAUCUAAAUAUCAGUGCAGAAUGAGUUGAUCUAUAUCAGAGAUUUUGAAGCCGUUCAAAAAACUCGCUGUUGUGUAUUAUCAGGUUUAAAACCUCUUCAGUUGGCGAAUACACUCCUGCUCGUUUUUAAACAGUACAAGAACCACUGAAAGCAACAGAUGAGUCUCACUGAAAGCUUACCUACGCGCACGUAACGUGAACCCGCCUUAAAAAUUCCAUCCGUAGACUUCAAAAACUGAAUCAAAGUUUAUAAUCUUCUUCGAAUGAUCAAGCUUAAAAGAUAGCGUCUAGAGGCAAAAGAUACCACUGAAAAUGUAACAUUGUACGUGACAUCCGUUGUUUUAAGACUUAUAACACCUUAUACGGAUCAGUAGGGCUACACUGGAUUUUAUAAAAGGCUGAUUAAACUUUUCUUGGUAUUGCUUUUCAUUGCAGAGGCAAAAAGGCAAGUUCAAGGACCAACGAAAAUGGAACCGAACAUUUCUAACUUUUUGAUUUAGUGGGGUUUUCACAGUUUGCUUUGUUUAAGUAUUUUUAAUUUUUUUAUUGUUUGAAUGUUUUUAAAAAUUGCUUUUAAACUAGGGAAUGACAGAAUAGACAUAAUUCGUUUUACAUGUAUCAAUUUUAGGUUUUAAAAAUGGAAACCGAAAUAGGGAAAACAAAACUUUUAAUUUAUUUAAAACAGUUUACAGACGUAAAUGGAUUUUGUAAGGUGCUGGGUUUUGCAAAUAAAAUGAGAAAGCAUUAACUUGUGUGUUGUUAAGUUGAAUGUCGAUUGAAAAAAGGGACUGUCUGCCAUUUACCACCCAAACGUUUUCCAAGGGAAAUGGUCUUAACAUUUACUGUUGUGGCAAGUUUUCGUUGUUAAGGAUAGCCUACGGGUGAAAUAACUGUACAAGGAGUUUUAGUAUACAGAAACACACUCAUUGGUACUCAGGAAGUUUUUAGUGUGACCCCUGAGUCCUGCUACUUCCAUGGCAAGGUUAAUUGCAAUGAAACCCUUCAGCGAAUUGGAUAUUGGCCCUGAAACUGGACCACUGCCUACGUUGGUUACAGGUACUUAAGUAAAUGACGUAUAUUGCCCCGCGACUGCUUAACAAAGGAAAACUCCUUUGUGAGGUUCUCUUCGGGUCUUCGCUAUUCUUAAGGAAUUUGCCUGCUAAGUUCACUGAAAUAACUUUUCCGAGGUUUUCUUUUCAGUAAUGCUGUCGAGCUUUUAGUCACCUCUUACUAAGGGUAGAAAACUCUCAAUCAUUUCGUAACACGGGCCAAUUGCUGUGUGAUGCAGUGAGUCUGAAUUAAUUUCAACUCAUUUUUGAACAAUGCAGCUGUCACCAUGUCAUGGAAGUUGAUUUAUUUUCUGCGCGAAAAUUAAGACAAAUGCCGUAGAUCAUAAAUCACAGAUGCAAUUCAUAACUUUAAAAAAUAUUAGCUAAUGUUACUCUGAAAAAUAAAUAUACACUUAAAAUAUAUAUUCAAACUCGGAUUCUAAUCUCUUUUUGAAGUAUAUUAAUGCUAAUAAGGUCAACAGUUAAGAGUUAAUAUAUAACAAAAGAGAAAACGUGAUACUAGUGCGGUCACGAAAGCUUCUGGACGAGCUGUUAAAACUAACGUUUGCGGUAACAAUGGUUUUUCAAGUGAAAAGACUCUCCAUUCAAAUACCCCAAGACAUUACUACAUUUGUAAAUCCUUACUCAUGAAAAUAUGGAAAGGUUGAAUAAAGCUGUAUCUUUCUUACAAUUAGUUUCUAAUACUCGAAGUUCGAAAAAUUUGGGUUUUUAUUAUUUUCGAAAUGCUUUUAAAAACUGGGAGGUAGGAACUCAAACGUGCUGUUCCGAAAGGGCGAGGUCGAUGUGAAGUAGUCCAUGAUGAAGUACUAUUUCCGUGGCUGUGUUUUCCUGUUUGACGGAAACGUUUAAUUUGAAUAUCCUAAAGGUCACUUUUCAUAACACUUGAAGAUAAAAAUUCGUACACAACACUUUAGGACGACAGCUGGCAUAACUGGAAAUCUUUUUAUCUGCUCAAUAAAUCGUUCAUUCUUUGGUAAACAACUGAAUUACGCUGCGACAUAUCAGCAUUUGCACAGUUAAGGCUGAUUAUUGCGCGGAAGUCCUUUCAAAAAUAGAUGCAAUCAUUGGCAAUAAAUCAUGUUAAGAGUACUUUGUGUAAAAUAUGUCUUGCCACUUAAAUAAGUCACAUAAAUCUAAAAUGGUUUCAUUCGUUUCCAAAGGCGCAAUUCCGGUUAAACCACGCAGUUACGUUAAUGUGGGCAUAAGUUUCUUUAAAAAAGGCAAGCGUCUUUUGAUUGGCUGAAAACUACCUACAAUCAAUUGGAUGCUAAAAGCCGUGCUCUACUUAAACUGUGAUGUCCCUAGCUGGCUGAUAAAGGAUGAAAAAGCCUCAGCCGCUACAGGUCAUUUGCAAAAUGUAUGUCUUGACAGUUGUUCUUCUAUCACUGGGAGCGGCUUGUAAGUAGGAGCGCUGUUUUCUUUUCUGUUUUUGUUUUUGUUUUCUUAUUUCAUUUAAGAUCGCUUUCCCUAAGCACAAAAAUAGCCAUUGAGGUAGCCUUCUUUAAUGCAAACUGUUUUACUAAAACAAUUUAGUGUAGUUUGGAAUGCAAGGAGAGAAGCUGCGAAUUCCACUAAACGUUUUAAUCAAUGUUUAAAGAAAACUAACAAUUAUUGUUUACAACAAACAGCUGCAUAGACAAGGAUGGUCAUCUGUUUAACUUCUGAGUUGGUAUUAUAAAAACGUGCGAAACAAUAGAAUGCCAAGUGAACUCAACUUCGUCUACAAUAAUAGAGCUGUCCUUCUCUUAAAACGAAAACACUCGUCCAGUUCUCCCUUUCGGUUUAUUCUUUUCCUACCGGGUUCUUAGUUCUGAACCCGUUAGUUUUUUUGUUAAUACAGUUUCAUGAAUUUGACUUUGACCAGAUUCACUUUCUUUUUCCUUCUCUGUAGCGUCCCUUCAAUUAGGUAAGUACGAUUCCAUUGUCCUUGUGCGAGCCUGAAAACUUACUUUUGAGAUUUGCUGCUGUUUAUAACGAGUCAACCAGUUUCUAACAAGACGCUUAGUAAAAAAAGUCUCCCGUUUUGAACAUCCCUCAACCAAAUCCUCUUUUUUAAGCUCGUGUUGGAACAACGCAGAAAAUACGCAUAGGCAUGUAAUUUCUCAUUUGUUUCCAGGAUUCUUAGAGGGCCAACGAUACACGUACAACUACCAAAGCGAGGUAAUUACAUCUAUUCCACACAGUUCUGACAAGGCCCUGGGACUGAGGAUGAACUCUCAGGUUCAUGCUGAUUUCUUUAAAAACACAGCGAUGCAGAUAACGGUCAGUUUUUUAUUUUUAUUUUUCUACUGAAUAUGUGUCUACUGUGUGUAUUUUAUAAGAUCUGUAGAGACAUAAAUAUAUAUGUAUCACCUGAAAUAAUAACGUGCAUGACACAUUACGUCAUUCUCUAAUUUGGGUCUCGCGCACUGUACUGAAUGCAAUGAAGCAAAGAGGUCCUCUCUGUUAUGUAGCUGUUUCGAUAAUAUUACAUAUAAUUAGACCGUAUAGGAGUUAUAUUAUUGCUCUCUUUCCCAUGCGCAACUACAUCGUGGACAACGAAACCCACCCUGCAGCCAGCAGAGCUUUUCUUCCGCUUGCUUGAUUUUGGCGUACGCGAGAAAGACUCUGCAUGAAUCAAAAUGAACCAAUUAAGAUCUUUCUUGAGCAUGCGCGACAUGUUGCUAGGAUAUAGCUCCAACUCAGGCCUAAUACUCGUGCGCUUACUACAGCGGGCUGGGUUGAAAUGACCAUCGGUUUACUAAUAACAGGAUGCUCGCCUUCGAAAAAAACAGUUUGACGAGUGAGAACAAGAUUGACUAGUCCAGACGUUUGGGCUGCUGACUCAAAAAGACAAAAAAAACAAAGUAAAAACAAGAAAAAAGGAGGUUCUGCUCGAAACCUUGAAAGCACUUAAAAAAGACAAUCUGUUUGUUGUUUUCAAUUUAGUUGGAGAACAUCUCAUUCCAUCAAGUUACUGGAAACGACCAAGACCCCAAACAACAGGAACAAACUGCAAUUGAUGACAAGGUCUUGAAGACAUUGGAGCUACCAUUUAAAGUCGUUUUUAACGGUGGUAGGAUUAAGGAAAUCAGUGCCCAUAAUCAGGAUCCUGAAUGGUCCGUAAACAUCAAACGUGGACUGGUUAAUCUGUUUCAAAUCGCACCAGAAAUGAAGUUAGAGGAAGAAAAAGACAAGCAAAUCUUGCACCAGCUUGAGGUUGGAAAUGAUUUCCAGAAUGUUUUAAAUGAAAGUAAAUCAGUAACAAAAUAAAAAAAGGAACAGGACACCGCAUUGAAUUCGUUUGAGUUUGCAAACUUCAACAUGUUUUUUUUUCAGUCUGAGGCUCUUGUCAGUAAGCCCUUUAGGAAAUAUCCACUCAAAAUUUACCUUCAUGAUAUUAAUUAGUCAAGUAAAUAUUUUUCAACAGGCUCAAAACUCACUUAUCAGAACAGAUUGGACUUCAAAAUGAAAACGUUAAGUGCCUUACGAGCCUCAUCUUUAACGUUUUCCUCGACAGAAUAUGGCAUUUUUUCCUUUACAACUAACUACCAUAUACUCAAAACUACUCCUUCAGCCACCUCAGUAGGACUGAUGAUAAAAGAGUACGAAGGAAGGUUGAAGUGGAAAACAAAUGAACGGAAAAUUUUUAACGGAAUUUGACCGUCCCAUAUAGGUAGAUAGUAAUUACAUUAACCUUGACGAAAAAUACGUCGUAAUUUUUCUUUCCUUUUACAGUCCACAGUAAUGGGUAAUUGCCCAGUGUCCUACGUCAUCAGCCCGGACAAGAAUCAGCCAGACAAGAAAGACCGAUCUGUUAAAUUGAGCAAGUUAAUAAACUAUGAUCAAUGCAAAAAUCGCCCUGAGUUAAACAGAAACAUAUUUUAUUCUAAGCGUUGCGACGACUGUCAACAGGUAACUCAGAAAACAAUUAUUGUAAGCUAAUGCAUGCUGUAAAUCGGCUUUUAAAACAAUGUAAUAAUUUUUGAAGUUUUCCUCUCCAAGAACUGCAGUUGCGUGCCUUAACAAUCAAGCGCACUUCUUCAAGCAAGUUUAUAGCAAAAAAAAAUAAACUGUCACUUUUGUGGAGAACCCGGGUAAACUACUAAAGAAGGCUGUACUAACUUGCACACCACUGAGGCAUGCGCUCUACAGCGUUUGGUGUUGUCUAAAAGUAAUUGCUACAAGUUCACAUUGGAUUACUAGAAUUUCUGCUUCUUUCUGAUUUGUCAAAGUGGUUACUAAGGUUUUAAUUAAUGAGAGUCCUACAUUUUAACGGCAGUGAUCAAGUCUUUUAGUCUUUUUAAGCUUAAAAGUUGUUGGUAGCACAACAGGGUAGUAAGAGUCAAGCUUUGACGAGGCGACUGAAAAACUUCUGGUUCAGUUUUGAUUGUCUGCAGAGGAUCUGCAGAUUUUCAGAAGUUUUGUUUUCUUAGUUUUUAUCUGCAAUAACCUUGAAUAGAACAAAAUAUUGUUAAUUAGAAGAGUAAAUUGUCCUACAACAAAUUUUGGGUAACCCUGCAUGCUUUUUCUUACAGGCAGCUAAAUCAUAUUUAGACUGACUUUCAACAUGCCCUUUUAAAAAUUGUAAAUAGUAUUAUCCUUAGUUCCGCAUUAGGAAUUUACGUUUAUUGUCCUUUCAGAGCAAUGGCCAUGCACCAUACCUUAGCACAAUCGGAAGAAUUGAUCACACUUUGAUAAAAUCCAAAAAUAGUGGCUCCGUCAUCAAUAGAACAGAGACUUACGAAGAACACAUCUUCACCCCAUUCUCUCGGUUUGGGGAAGAGGUCAAGUCAUCUGCCAGGUAAAAAAAUCCCAUUUAUGUAAUACAUCAAGCAUGAGACGCAGUGUUUCAUCACCAGAUGAAACACUGAGAAGAGAGUUGAAAAUACGACGCGCAGCGGAGUAUUUUUGAGGAACUUCAAGGUGUUUCAUCUGGUAAUGAAACACUGUGCCGAAUGCUUGAUAUUACCUCUCAAACAACAUGAUUUUUGAAGGAGAAAUUAAGGAUGCAAAGACAAGCAGUUUUUCAUCUGAUUUCCAAACACUCAUUAAGCAUUAAUUUCCUUUGUAUUUUCUUCAUGAAUUAAUUUGAGUUUGAGAAAGUAAAAUACCACAUAAAGCUCUUGAAAAUUUUACCCACGAAUGAUGCGUGUUACAAAAUUGUGCUCUGCCUACUUAGCAUCUGCAUGAGGCGCUUUUUCUUUUUUGAGAAACACGUGUGGAGAAAAGAAGGGCAUAAUCACAGACUACGUUGCUAUAGGUUCAGCUCUGUUUUCCUUGUGCUGAUGUUUAACGACAGAAAUGUGAUGUUCAUAUUUUAUGUUCUUUUUCAUAAAAAGACAAGUCUUGCAGUUUAAGAAAAUAGAUGCUGUGGGAAAAGCCUGUGAGUAUAUAUCAUCAUAAUUGUCUUCAAGCUAUCUGUUUUCCGCCUUAUCGUAUAUUAAAACAAAAUAUAAGAAGCAGAAGAUGAACAAGAGAAUUCAUCACUUUCAUGAUUCAAUGUUUAUGUGUAUCCGAAGAACUGAACACGCAUAACUGAUAAAUAACUUUUUUCUCAUUAGUAACCGAUCGGACAAAGAAGGUUAACCUUCAAUUUACCGCUGAAGAUCCCAACAAAAGCGCCCGCGAUGAUGUCCAGCUACAAACUCAAUUAGCUCAACAGGUGAGAGAACUGUCAGAGAGCGAUGGAAAAUGAAACUUACGAGUUUAACAAUUCAAUAAUAUUAUACUUUAAUAAAAAAAAAAAUUCAAAUAAAAUUGCUCUUCAGUUAGUCGCACUUAAAGAUGUUACUCACGAACUCAAAAGUUAGAACAAUAUGGUGUAGGAUAAACAACACAGCACAGGAAAGUAACAUUCGUGUGAAUGACAGACCACCAAAGGAUCAAAACUGAUAUUCUAUCUCUAGUGAGAACUCUACAGCAUGUCAUAUUGUACAAUAGACAUGGAAACUAUUUAACAGUCCUUUUAUCUGAUUAUGAUGAUACAGUAUCAGAUUCUUAAGACUGGAGCCACUUGACAACGAUACCUAUAAUCUGAAUGAGGGUUAUAUUCUCUUAUAUGUAGACGCAAAGACUUGUAGAAGAAAUGCGGGAGGCAGUUAAAGAUCCGAGCAGCCAUCAGGCAGCACGAACUUUUAUGGAUCUGAUCCAGCUGCUAAGGAAAAGCAACAGAGACACUCUAGAAAAACAGGCCGAUAGAAUGCUGGGGUCACAUGACCCAACCGAGAGGUAAAGUUAAUGGCGGUUAUAUAUAAAGUAACAGCCGAGCGGCUAAGGAUAUCGUAAAAAUUAUGAGAGGUCAUUUUACAAACUUUCUUAAGCACGGUUUCAUGAAGUUCUUGUCCCUUAACGUAACAAUUUCAACCUCUUUCUAAAUACAAACUACUAAAAUACCACCUACCAGUGCUGAGCCAAUGUUCACACAACUGAAUUUUGGAACAGCAAUUUUAUGGUCUUUGAAAUCCAAUUUAUCCUCAGCUUUAUAACUGACCAUCAUUUAUCUCCUCCCUAAUUUCGCAGAAAAUAUUUUUUGGACGUCCUAUCUUCUGUGGGAACUUCUGAGGCUUUCCAAGUCUUGAAGCAAAAGAUCCAGCAAAAUAAAAUCAGCACAAAGGAACAGCUUAAUCGAGUUUUCAUGGGACUGGCUUUUGCUUCAUCGCCAACCGCUGAGCACAUCAAAACCGUUUCGGUAAGUCAGUAAAACACUUCUCUGUCUGGCUCUGAAUAACCCCACAUAUUUAAAGAAAACAAAUAAGCCAAACUCGCUUGAGCAGGAUUAUCAGUUUGGUACGCAGAGAAAUUGUUCUUAAAAAACUUAAUAAAGACAUAAAAAAGGCUGAACAAAAAUUUCUACACAUAGGAACUGAUACUGGCUUGACACAGACUCAAAACGUAGGACAACUGAAAGAAUUUUAACUACAACUAACACGAACCUGCUGUAACUCUCCAAAGGAAACCCCGUUCCAUUUAGUAUUUAGAAUUUUUCCCUGGGGGAUUACUAUACUCGAGUACCUUUGCACACUGAUCCGGCCACCCAGUUUUGAAAUAAUUAUCGUAAUGCUAAUGUCAGUGUGUGGUGUUCUCCUGAAGAGGGCAAAGGGUGUUUUUUUACAGUUUUUUGUUAAGUUUAUAAAUAAGAAACAUGUAAAGUACUUUUAGCACACAACGGCUAGAUGACUUCAUGACGAUUGCAGCGUUAGUCUCCUUAUAAAUUGUGCGGAUUUUUAGGGACUUUGUCAACAACAACGCGAAAUCAGCACCCGCCGUCAAUGUUUGCUCUCAUUUGGUGCCCUGGUAAACAGGGUUAACGAGAGAGCCAGACUACAACAGGACAUGCAAACAGUCGCUGCUACCCAGGAACAUGUACAGGUAUCAAAAAACAUUUACAGCACAAGUUCUUCAAAAUAACAUAGUAGAUAUUUUUGCAUUAAGAGAUGCUGUCAUUUCGUAAAUCGUAAAAACCAGACAGAAACCUUAGCGUUUACAACGUCCAGAAAACAAAAAAAGGAAACGAAUUUUUUUUAAAAUGUUCAUAAUUCUACUUUGUUUUUAUUGUUGUUGCUUCUUUUGCGAACCUGAGAGAAUCAAACAACAAUUUUUUUUUAUUUCAAACGAGAAUUGAAUGAGAGUGAAUAGGCAAAGAAAAAGAAACUCAAGCCGGCUCUAUUUUAAACGAUGCUCUCAUAAUAUAACUACUUUUUAAAAAGCUAUGAGUCGGUUAUUAAAACGAAGUCUAACUUAGAAAGCGGUUUAGGAAAUCUUUGGACCUCCAGAUCUCUUCCUUAGUGGGUUAUUUUAAGAAGAUAAAUGCUUUUCCAGUUGACGCCAUAUGCUUUCAUGAAACUGUUCACGAUAAAUGGUGUUUACAUAAAAGCGUUCCGCAAACUGAAAAUGGCUUAGCUUAGAGCGGGGUUUUGUCAAACACUGGAUAAACUCCGUUUAAAUAACUGGCCGUAUGUAUUCAAUCGAGUAAAGCAGACGAAGUAAUAUUUCUGGCAUUUUGAACUAACUCGACGCAUCUACGAAGAUAGCGCUUUUAGUCAAUAAGAAUGAACAGUAGUCUGUAAGAUUUAUUUAAAAAACAGCGAUUUUUAACUUUCACAACAGGGGAUACAAAACUACCUCGAAAAUCCACUUACAUCGCAACAAGACAGACUUACAGCCGUUAAAGUUCUUGGAAACGCAGGGAGCACCCAGUCACAAGGACUACUGCUGAAGAUCAUCAAGGACCGAAGCGAGUCAUCACAGAUAAGAGUUAACAGUAUCUGGGCCCUAAGGCGUAUUAUAUCGCAGGCAAAAGACAAAGUAAGCGUCUUUUUAAGUUAUUGAACGUCUGUAUGCGUUUUAUAAGAUGAAAAUAAGAGCAAGUCUGGUAGUAUGAUCAGAAAGGAUUUACCUCUGACCCUUUAGUUAAUUGUUAUAAUGUAUGAAAGGCCUGCACACACAAGAAAGAACCUAAUUCUCACGCACAGGGUGAAAAUGCAUAUAUGUAUGGCUAUUUAGAGAGAGUAAGUCACUGUAAAACGCCAUUUUCGGUAAGUAUCAUGCUUUUGGCUUGCGUAUUACACGUAGAUACUGUUAAUUACAACACUUCAGAGAAUUCAGAUAGAAAACUCUCUAAAGUCAUACACUACAAAAAAAAUAUGUCAAACCUACUGGAAGGACAGAGACUAUGGUAAUGAUAAGAAGUGUAGUGAGAUAACAGGCAAGAGAAAACUACCAAUUAUGCACUAGUAGCAUCAAAUCAUGCAACUUAUAACGGCAAAAAAACAGUGCAUAGAUUGCUGGUAGCCGGCCAAUUAAGUGCUUAUUUGAACUUUACUCUGUUUAUUUUGCACAGAUUUAUCCAAGUCUUAUUUCAACCUUUUCUGAUACGAAUGAAAGUCCAGAACUUCGCAUGGCCAUUUUCCAAUUGCUACUUAACUCCGAGCCUAACGUAACAACACUUCAGUCUGUCACUAAUAUUGUUAGACAAGAGAUCACGAAUCAAGACCCAGGCCCUCGUAGUAACCAAGUUGCAUCCUAUGUAAUUUCUCUACUGUCCUCAGUCGCCAGCAACGAUAAUCCUGUGAUGAAAAAAAGGUAGUGAAGUCACCUUUGACAACUUUUUUUACCUAACUUCACCAAAUAUAGGUAUUUGAAGUAGAAACCUGAAAGACCUUUUUGAUUUAAGCACGUCUUCAACAACAAAUGCGAUCUCCAUGGAAUGAGAAGUAACUACUCAUUGAACAAUUAUCCUGAGGCACUUUGUUUCCAAACAGUUUACAUGGCAUCAGUCUGAUCUUUUUAAAAGUAAGAAAAGAGACAAUUUUCACGAAUACAUUAACAAACAGAACGCGGACAUACAGUUUACCAAGGAGAUCGAGGAAAAUGGUAUAUAUAACCUUUUCUAGACUUCUUGGUCACUUGCGACAAUAACAGACUACGAACGACAAUUUACAGAAAACCGGCAUAUACCGACAGAUUACUAGACCAGUCAUCGUACAACCCGACCUCUCACAAGGCUACAACUGAGACGAGCGCAACUAGUUUGCGACUCACCUGACAGCCUACAAGACGAGACUAACCUACCUUAACAACGUUUUUAGUACAAACAACUACAACACGGACUUUGUUGGACGGAACACUUUCAUUAACACUGAUUCCAACAAUCAGACCAACGUCAACUCUGGCCCUGUUACGACUGCGACUAUACCGUACGACCCGAGGCACCUCUGAAACUAUCGCACGUAUAUUACAACCUCACAAUAUACGUGUUGCACACAAACCUGUAACCACUUUACGACGACAAGUUACAAAUGUCAAGGACAAGGACAAACCAGAGGACAGACAGGGAGCAGUAUAUAAGAUCAAAUGCUUCGACUGCCAGGCUACUUACAUUGGUGAAACCGGCAGAAACCUUAGCACGCGACUGACAGAACACAAAAGCGGGGCAAGAAAUUAAUGGUGACGUCAACAAUCACAUUUCUGGACACCAUUUACAGACGAAACAUUAAAUCGACUGGGACUCUGAGACAUGUAUCACGUAUUCUACUGACUACUAUCAACGAGUCACUUUAGAAAGCAGGUUUACUAACUUAGAACAAAAGCCACUGAAUCGUAGUCAACAGUUACCGGCACCGUGCAAACGACUUAUUGACGGAAUCAAGCGAAACUAACUAUGAGAGAAUAAUUGGACAAUCGACAAUUUGACUGAUAAUAAACCACUGUUUAACUGUGAUUAUUGACGGAUCAAAACGCACCAAUAACAUUACGUGUCUUCAUAGUCAAUAACAUCACGGCUUAACAGACAGACGAUCAAUAACAUCGCGACGUAAUUGACCAAUCAGGUCAAUAGCCAGAGUUAAAUACCAUCAACUGACGUGAUACAACUCACUUUGACUCUGAAGAUGACUACCGCAUAGGUUGCCGUAACGUCAGUCACUGUCAACAACAGUCCUAUUCAGGACUACAUUCACCCGGACGAUCAUACUCAACCUACUUAUGAAUUGACUCCUGGGUUCAAACCUGUCACAGAAAAUGAAAGAAUCAAAAAGGUCCAUUUUGAAUCACCAUUUGCUCGUUCAACUAUCUUAUUGAACAACUGCCAAACACCGCUUAUCAACUGAUUAUUGUUUCAGG